GAAAUAUAUUGUCCACUAUUUCGGCUCAUAAUACCCAUUGAUGUCUGAAUGGUUGAGACAAUUGUUUGCGUUUAUAUGCAGUGAUCGGUUGAUUGGUGCCAAUGAUGAUGGCCUUCGCCACCGGAGACGACACUCACUCCAGUGACCACUGUAUGGACCAAAUGAAGGACAUGUCUCAGAACCGGGACAUCCGUAACAUGAGGAAUAUGGCCGAAAAGCAGCGCCGGGACAAACUGAACGGCUACAUAAACGACCUUGCUAACACGGUGCCCCUGGUCACUAUGUCCGCCAAACGGCUCGACAAGACAUCGGUGCUGCGGCUGUCGGCCGCUUACCUCAGACUCAAUAAAACGGCCUUAAGUCUGAAGAAACGCAAGUCCAAGAAGUCGUGCCAUCACUCGUCGGCCACCACCAGUGACCACCAGUUGUGGCGACCAAACAAGUUUCGGUUCAACCAUUUGCGGGCUUUGAUUGAAUCGGUCGAGGGCUUUAUCGUGGUCACCACUGGACUCGGCAAGAUCAUUUACGUCUCCCAUUCCGUCGAAAACUUUUUAGGCCAUCAAAAUAUUGAAAUGAUUGGUUAUUCCCUGACAUCAUUCCUGCACCCGAAUGACGUUGACUUAGUCCAGACACAAAUCCAAACGGCUCACCAACAAGUCUCCAAAGGAUCUCAAACCUCUGACAAGAUAUCAUUUCAAUGUCGUCUGCGUGAGAAGAAUCAGCCCCGAAGUGAAGUGAUAACGUACCAAAUGGUUCAGGUGUCC